CUUGCCUGCCCGUCCAAGACCGUCUCAGGCCUCAAACAUCAUCUCUCGCUCUCUCUCAAUAGACGACUUUCCAGAGCUGGAGUUGGGUGAAGUCUGAGCGCGAGCGGUCGAGCGUCGCCUGUCUAGCUGGUGGUCGUCAAUCGCUGGCAUUACUACAUCGUCACCACGUCCUGCCGCAUCGUCUAUCCUUUUGACGUGAAACCACGACCUGAUGUCACUAUGUCUACAAUUCUAAGAUUUGAUGAUCUCAACGAGGAUGUUUUAUACCAUGUCCUGGUCCAGAUCGCAGCUCUCAGAACGCAAACCGACGAACGUAGCAUUGCUCUCAAGAAUCUAUCGACAACGUGCAAGCGUAUGCGCUCAUACUGUAUGCCCGUCCUCUUCCAUGAAUGUCGGUCUAUACAUCGCUUCGGUGGUGUGCCACCGGAGACGCUCCGUCCUCAUGUUAGGCACAUCAAAUACAUGCGCGGUUUUUAUCACAUCAAAGACGUCUGUGAUGCUGGAUUCUAUGACGGCUUGCUGGUCCCUAUGCCAUUGGCUUCCUGCAACAGUAUCGCCAAAAUCCCUACCCCUCCUCCGUUUGGUCUCGAGCUCGAUUACCUUCCCAACGUGCAUGCCGUCACAUUUCUCCUGUGCCCAGGAGGCGUGCCCUGGUACGCUCUCACAAAAUGCCUGGAAUACCCUAACGUCACGUCCAUUUCCAUUGACAAAGACUCGGCGUUGAUAUGCACCCCACCGUCCCCCAUCCCGUUUGACCUGUCACCGACAUCCCAUGGCUGUCGGCUCACAGAAUUCAUAUACACCCCAUCUCAGUGGCGUGAGACGCAAAGCCGGUUGCGGAAGACAAACAUACAGCCAGCGUACGCCUACGAGACGAGCUACCUCCGCGCGCUUGUUCUUGCCAUGUCCGACACCGCCGAGUCGCUCACCCUCCCUGUCGAGACGGCACCGCUCUUGGAGAUGGCUAAUAUGGACUGGCCGCGUCUGCAUACGCUGUCGCUCACCGGGCGAUAUACCCAUCCAAAUCAAUGUCGUGCUAUCCCCCUCCUCCUUCUGCGCAUGCCGAACCUGCGCUCACUCUCGGUCAAAGUGAUGCAGUGCGAAGUAAUGCGACGUCCCCUUCUGCUCAAGGAGCCUCCGGAUACUAGCUACCGCCUACGGUCAUUGACGAUCUCGUAUCCGAACCCGGAAGAUCCGAUUUUCUCGUAUAUCGGAGAUGGUCUAACUUCCCUCUCGCUCCGCGAUAGUCCGAGGCACUACUUUGCGUCUCGUUACAGCCGUCGAUACCUCCCAGCCAUAUUCCCGAUCCUCAGGGCGUCCGAAUGUUUAGCCAUCCUGAAGCGCGUCUCCGCCCCUCGACUCUCGGUACUCGAACUAGUCUAUCAGACCGACGCCGCUGAGGAUGAGCUCCUGCAGUAUCUUCCAAUGGCGUUCCCCCUUCUCCAGGAAAUCGAGUUGCACCGAUACAAAGCAUCCCUCAAAGACACC